AUGAACAGGAUUCGCGGCGCCUUUGCGGUGCCCAGAAAAGGAGAGACGUUCGAGUUGCGAGCCGGUCUGGUCUCACAGUACGCCUAUGAGAGAAAGGAGGCGAUUCAGAAGACCAUCAUGGCCAUGACCCUGGGAAAAGAUGUAUCCGCUCUCUUCCCUGACGUCCUCAAAAACAUUGCGACCUCCGAUUUGGAACAGAAGAAGCUGGUAUAUCUUUAUCUCAUGAACUACGCCAAAUCACAUCCUGACCUUUGUAUUCUCGCCGUGAACACCUUUGUGCAAGACUCCGAAGACCCGAACCCUCUCAUCAGGGCACUCGCAAUCCGGACAAUGGGCUGUAUCCGAGUGGAUAAAAUGAUCGAUUACAUGGAAGAGCCGCUCCGAAAGACGCUGCGAGACGAGUCGCCAUACGUACGAAAGACUGCUGCCAUCUGCGUUGCCAAAUUAUUUGACUUGGGACCAGCUAUGUGCUUGGAGAAUGGUUUCCUCGAAAUGCUUCAAGAGAUGAUUGGUGAUCCGAAUCCCAUGGUGGUGGCCAACUCCGUAACGGCUCUUUCUGAGAUUCAUCAUGCUGCGCCGGAAACCCAGGCGCUUCAAGUCACUCCGAAUACACUCCGGAAGCUGCUAAUGGCGUUGAACGAGUGCACUGAGUGGGGCCGCGUCACAAUCCUCACGACACUGUCAGAAUAUAGAACAAGCGCAGUGAACGAAGCAGAGCAAAUCUGCGAGCGAGUCGCGCCUCAGUUCCAGCACGCAAACCCUAGUGUGGUGCUGGCAGCCGUCAAAACUGUCUUUCUUCACAUGAAAUUAGUCAACGCGGAGCUUUCGAAGACAUACCUCAAGAAGAUGGCUCCUCCGCUAGUGACCUUGGUAUCAUCUGCCCCAGAAGUACAAUAUGUGGCCUUACGGAACAUCGAUCUCCUGCUGCAGAAGCAGCCGGAUAUCCUCAACAAAGAGCUCCGCGUUUUCUUCUGCAAGUACAACGACCCUCCUUAUGUCAAGUUCCAGAAACUUGAAAUUAUGGUGCGGAUAGCCAACGACCGGAACUUCGACCAGCUACUAGCAGAGCUGAAGGAGUACGCCCUGGAGGUGGACAUGGAUUUUGUACGCCGUGCGAUCAAGGCUAUCGGUCAGGUCGCCAUCAAAAUUGAAAGCGCCUGUGAGAAGUGUGUCAAUACUUUGCUCGAUUUGAUCAAUACCAAGGUCAACUACGUGGUGCAGGAAGCCAUUGUGGUGAUCAAGGAUAUUUUCCGUAAAUAUCCCGGCUAUGAAGGCAUCAUUCCCACACUCUGCAAGUGUAUCGAUGAGUUAGAUGAGCCAAACGCCCGGGCUGCCCUUAUUUGGAUCGUUGGAGAGUAUGCCGAGAAGAUCAGCAACGCUGGCGAUAUCUUAGCUGGAUUCGUCGAAGGAUUCAAUGAAGAAUUUUCUCAGACUCAGUUGCAGAUCCUGACGGCUGUCGUGAAGCUGUUCCUGAAGCGCCCAGACAAGGCUCAAGGUCUGGUGCAGAAAGUCCUUCAGGCAGCAACGGCAGAGAACGACAAUCCCGAUGUCCGUGACCGAGCCUAUGUUUACUGGCGAUUGCUCUCCAACACCAGUGAUCCCGAUGCUGCCAGGAAUAUUGUACUCUCCAAGAAGCCCCCAAUUGUCACCACUAUUCAUUCCCUACCUCCUGCUCUUCUUGAGCAGCUUCUGAUGGAGCUCUCCACAUUGGCUUCCGUCUAUCACAUGCCUCCAGAGCAGUUCGUUGGCCAAGGCCGUUUCGGUGCGGAUGCUGUCCAGAAAGCAGCUAUUGAGGAGCAACUUCAGAACGCGCGCGAAAAUCCGUUGGCUGCAGCCGCUGCUGCGGCAGUUGAUGGCACGUCAGCACCUCAGCAGCAGAACAACGUGGAGAACCUUCUGGAUAUCGACUUCGAUGGCACUGCACCCGCAUCGGCUCACAAGGAACCAGGUGGCGGUGUGUCCGGCCUGGAAGGUCUGGCUGGUACUCCCGUCCGUGUUGAGUCUCCCGCCGGCGGUGUACCCUCAGGGAACAAUAACCUGGAUGACCUUCUUGGUGUCUUUGGGGACAGUGCCCCGUCAACUACUAGUGCAGGUGCACCUCCCAGUGGUGGUGCCGGGGCUGACCUUCUCAAUGGCUUUUCUGGUCUGGAUCUCACUGGCGGCAUGUCUUCGCCCCCGCCUGCCUCGGGCUCCAACCAGCCAAAGAAGACUAACGAGGACAUUAUGUCAUUGUUCUAA